UAACUGAUCAGAGGUGGCGGUAUUGAGUAUAUAAUAGUUUCGGUCCCGUUUCCCUCCAUGGUUUCUCCUCUGCCUGAGUAAGUUGGCGUUUGGUUCACUUCAUUAUACAGUCCCAUAUUCACCCUCCAUUAAGGCAUCUCUCCGCUUUUUGGGCAGAGUAAAUUCAACCUACAUCAAGGCUGAAACUUUUAAAGGGGAAGAUGGACAUGAAAAAGAGGAUCCACCUAGAACUGAGAAAUAGGACACCAUCUGAUGUACGGGAGUUGGUCCUUGACAACUGCAGGUCAAAUGAAGGAAAAAUUGAAGGCCUCACCGCAGAAUUUGUUAAUCUCAAAUUCCUCAGUUUAAUAAAUGUUGGCCUAAUCUCUGUUUCCAACCUCCCCAAACUUGGAAAAUUAAAACAGUUGGAGCUCAGUGACAACAGAAUUUCUGGUGGCCUUGACGUUUUAGCAGAGAAACUUCCGAACCUCACACACCUGAACCUCAGUGGAAACAAGCUAAAAGACAUCAGCACACUGGAACCUCUGAAAAAGCUCGAAAACCUGAAGAGCCUCGACCUUUUCAACUGUGAAGUGACAAACCUGAACGACUACCGCGAGAGCGUCUUCAAGCUCCUGCCCCAGCUGACCUAUCUUGAUGGCUACGAUAUGGAGGAUCGGGAGGCUUCCGACUCCGAUGGGGAAGUGGACGGAGAUGGAGUGGAUUACGAUGAUGACGAAGAGGGUGAGGAGGAGGAAGAGGAUGAAGAUGAGGAUGGGGAAGAGGAAGAUUUUGAUGAAGAGGAUGAUGAUGAUGAGGAGGAGGUAGAUGGUGAAGAGGAUGAGGAUGUCAGUGGAGAGGAUGAAGAGGAUGACUUGGGUCAGGAUGGAGAAGUAGAUGAUGAAGAUGUGGAUGAUGAAGAUGAUGAUGAAGAUGAUGAGGAGGAGGAAGGAGGGAGAGGUGAGAAGAGGAAGCGAGAGCCAGAGGACGAAGACGAUGAAGACGACGACUAGAGGCGGCGUUCCUGUUCAGUUACCCUUUUUUCUUCUCCUGUUUGUCCCCUACCCCUCCCUGGGAUCUGUGCUCCUGUAAAGGACUUGGUCGCAUUGGCUGGAUUGGCCUUGUGGAGGCGGGGCCAGAGAAUAAAGAAUUGUGAGGUGACGUCUCGAGCAACGUUCCACACAGCAUUCCACAAUUACACUGUCAAUUCUCAGAGAAAACCCACACGAGGACUUGGGGGACUGGUAUCUAUUUUGGGGUCUGUGCUUUUAAUAUUUUGU